UGAGACACAGCGACGAGCCGUAAUCUGGUUAAAGCGCAGAGUGUGAAGCUUCACCGCGUUACGUGCGUAGGGAAUUGGCUGGUUGGGAUUAAAAGACUAUCAAUGGAUACUCAGAAGGACGUUCAACCCCCAAAGCAGCAGCCAAUGAUAUACAUCUGCGGAGAAUGUCACACAGAAAAUGAAAUAAAAUCCAGGGAUCCAAUCAGAUGCAGAGAAUGUGGAUACAGAAUAAUGUACAAGAAAAGGACUAAAAGAUUGGUGGUUUUUGAUGCUCGAUGAAACAUGGAAUUCAGAAGAUUAUCUUCAUUUGGACUUGGACUUGCUGUUAAUGUUGUAUAGCUUUUGAUGAGUGUAUUUAUCUUUAUGAAUACAACUACAUACACAUGAUUUCGUUUUAAAAUUCAUCUUGUAUUUAGGCAUCUAUUAAUAAUGUCUAUAAAGAAAAAUUCUUUGUUCAAUUACAUUAUUUAUAAUUUCCUUUUUUUUUUAAUGUUUAUUUUUGAGAGAGUACGAGCAAGGGAGGGGCAGAGAGAGGGGGACAGCAUAUCUGAAGUAGGUUCUUGGAUCUGUGCACUGACAGCAGCAAGCCUGAUGUGGGUCUCAAACUCAAGAACCGUGAGAUCAUGACCUGAGCCCAAGUGGGACACUCAACUGUUUCAGCCACCUGGGCACCCCUAAUUCACUUUUAUUGUAUGUGUAAUCUGACACAUAGGGAAAGUUAAAAGUGCUUCCCUAAAUCACACUUUUAAUCAAGACCUAGAAUCUUGUAGGGGCCUUGUUGAGAAUGAAGUUUACCAGGGCCCUGUGAAGGUCUGAUUAAGUAAGUUCCUUGGAAACUACUGUUUUACAUCAAAUUUGUAAACCCUCCAGCAUCAUUUUGUAUUGAGUAUACCAGUGUACUUACUGUCACACACAUAAUGCAUGCAUUAUUUUGAGUUAUAUUUUUCAUUUGUUACUUGGUAUAGGCCUUCUGAUAAAAUGCUUAACUAUUUUUUAAAUCUUGGGUGAGGGAAAAGAAACUUCAAUGGUUGUUUCUGUAAGGCAAAGUCAACCCUAAGUAAAGUGGAUGAGGCAGACUAUUAAGGCAGGUGUAGUUUCUGAGGUGCAGUCAUUAAGGUAAAAAAUUCUGCUUUCAGGAUAUUAAAAAAGGGACUAGUUUACACUGAA